AUGCUUUUAUGUACAUUUGAAGAUCCACCAGAAGAUUUGAAAGAUAAUGGCCUCACACUUGUCCCCAUACGAAUCGCCAAGCUCCAGCAUGAUAUUCACCCCCAAAUACUUCGGACAUGUCGAAAGAUCAAUGAUGAGGCUACAGUUAUCAUGAGAGAAACGAAUCUCUUCGUUAUGGUGACCGGUGUUAUAAGAUUGGAUGAGCCAAGGAAUUGCUUCUUCUCAAAAUACAUUCCAAUGGUCAGAGUAGAAACAGAGCAGCAAGAAAAAGACUUCCGGAAAGCUUGCGUAAUGACUCAUGAGAUCUGUGGAUCAACAAAAUCCUCAGGAGUUUUACCUGAUGAGCCAUACAAAUUUAUGCUACUUCAUCGUCAUCUUCCACUGUUAUGUGCAGCUUUGGUUGUCAGUGCAAUAGGAACGCUUCCGUAUUGUGAUGAGAUGUCAGCACCUCAUAUCGUUACUAUUCUCGAAACUUACGACAAAUACGUGUCUAAGUCGUCAUCCUUGUCUGAGCAGCAGCAAGAGAAACUCAUUGCACCUUACCGUUCUGAAUUCGAGGGUUUCAUGGGGUUUCAAUUGAAAGGGAAUAUAUCGAAUGAGUUGAAGGACGCUGUCCUGUCAGGAAUUACUCGGGCCCCGCAGCUCAAUAUCGAAGGGACUAUUCACGGUUUGCAGAGCAUGGAAGCAAAAGGAAAUGAUUUCUUCGCUCUAGGAGAUGUUGAAAAUGCAAACCAAAUCUGGUGUCAAGCUUUAAUAAAGAUUCGACGAAUCUUGACAAUGAUCAAAAGAGAAUUGUUGCAUGAAACCCAUGAGCCGGAGUUUACAUACCAACUCAUGAACAUAUAUUUUGAUCUUUCAUCGGAUCGUCUUCAAUACAUCAUCCAUGCAAUGGAGACGGCCGGAAUUCAACAACGAAAGGCUCUGUUCCGUGUUCUAUCGCGUACAGUUGAUGACCCCUUCAAUAUGAACAGUCAUUGCAAUCUAGAGGGCUGGGCACCAUUUCAGCCCAAGUUGGCAGAGUUUAGAUAUCGAGAAGCUAUCGGUUGCAGACUGGCGGGAGUAUCACGUGCACACGAGGCAAUUGAAGAAGCUUUGAGAGCCAUGCCUAAUUAUCCUGAGUUCUUGGAGGAGCAGAAGAGGAUUAGAAGGGUAUAG